AUGUCGCAAAACGUCGCGCCCUGGCUUGCAGGCCUGGACGACGAUGUGGAUUGGGAAGACACACCAACACAAACCGUCAACAGCAUAUCAUCGGCGAGCCACGAUGCGAGCUCCCUUCGCCAGAGCAGCACGCGCAAUCCGCACCGAAGCCCGAGUGGCUUGCCUGCCUCGCUACGCACAUCCUCCACGGCAUCUACCCAGAAGCGACGAAGCCCCCUCGCGACUCUCAGCAACAGUAACAACAACUCGUUACGCCGACCAGAAGGCUCCGCCAAGCUCGCGCAAUCGCGCUCCUUCUCCGGAGCCGGCUCUGAUGAUUCAGUGAUUGAACAUGGCACAGUACAGCAACGUUCAAAGAGCGCAUCGCCAGCGAAGACGCAAGGAACAAUGGAGUGGAAGAAGAGAUUGUUGCGUGGAGAAGUGGGCUAUGGAGACCACACCGAUCUGUUUGGUCCAUCCGGCCUAGAGAACAUUUUCCAGCAGUCGCGCCCUACAGAGAACACACCGAGGAAGACCAGGAGCAGCAUGAGCUGGUUGGAUAAGUCUUCUGUAAUGCCCUCGAGUCCACCACCUUGGCCUACCAAAGGCGGCCGCACAGAGCCAAUUUCAGAAGAGGAAGAUGAAGGUGAUGAGCAAGAGUCGUUCGGGCAGGAUCGACUUACGACCGUCGAUGAGGAGCGAGAGAGUAGGGAGACUGGCCAGAUUCUUGACGACAGCUUUCGCAGCAAUCCGUUCGAUCUUGGUCAUUCCGAAGAGCUGCAGAUCGAAGACAGCGAAGAUGAAGGAGAACAACACAUUGGCGAGGAUCAACAAUCCAGCCCGGACAGACCACUCGUGGAGCAGACCCAGGAUAACAUCGUGGGCAAUCGCACUGUGAGCGGUCAGACCGAUCUUGACGAUUUCAGCCCAGUCUUCAUCUCCAAGCACACUACCAUGAAUGGACGAGUCGAAUACAAAGCUCUCGACUCUCGUAUUGUCAAGCAAUUUCGACGGAGGACAGUUGACUUGCGGCAUCCCAGUCAAGAAGAUCAGAGCUCAAAUACUGCUUCAGACUACGAAGAACCUAGCGCUGUCGAAGCAUCUACCUUCACCGACGGCCCAGAAAGCGGAGCACUACCAGCAGUGCCCGACCUCUCACUUUCAGAAAAUCUGCCCACGGGAACUCCUCCUGUCAGUAGUCUGGGAAAGCAUGUUCAGCUCAAGCGAGGGGGGUAUUCGGCAGAAGGAUCUUUUAAGGAAAAGCCUUUGAGCUCUUCCCAAUCGCACGCAGAUCUGUCGCCAGUCAGAGAGUCCAGUGGUUUUCUCUCACCGUCAGUUGCAGCAGAUCGCAACUAUCCUCCUGCUCCAUCGCCCCCGGAUGGUCCCGCUACCCCUGGCAACAAAGAGCGCUCUGAGCCUAGAUCAAGAUCAUCUGGGAGCCCGUUGAAGCUCUUUGGGCCACAUGAUACUUUCACGAGCAACCGACUACUUCGGCGGAUGAGCCAGCUCGAUCCCGACCUUUCUCAGAUCCGAUCUGAAGAUGUCAGUGACGCAGCUGCACACUCACCCUUCGAGGUGGAAGACAACGAUACUGGUCGCAAGGUGUCAAAUAAUUCAUUUGGCAGCGGACAAUUGAAUGGCCACACUUUCAAUGCGGAGAUCACAAUCACAAGCGCGUCAGACUCGAACAGGACUGAUAGCGAUCGCUCUCCAGGCUCUGAAGUUCCACCUCCCGGAAGCAAAACACCUCUUGGAUUCCGCCUUGAAGACUUGCCACUGGCCAGUGACACGUUCAAGCUUAAGCGCAAACUGUCGAAGCGUAGCGACAUCGCCUCCAAGAACAAUUCGCUAGAGUCUGCGCCCAGACAUCUUCAGCCUACCGUGGAAGACGCUUCAGAAGUCAAGGCAGUCGAGAUAGAGGACAGGGCCUUGAACAGCCUACACGGAGCCGGCAAGAGACCACCAAACUCUCCAUUCAAGGCACCUACUCCCAAGCGCAGACGAACCUUGCACGCUGAUGAUAUGCAGCCCAGUUCCUCUGAGCUUGCACGCUCUUAUCACAGCCAGCUGCAAGAUGCCCUCAGCAGUCGCAAGCGCCGAGAGUCUCGUCAGGACCAUCUUCACGAUAUUGCGGACCCAGAGAUCCUCUCCCAACGCAAGAUUCUUCGUCCUCGAAAUCCCACGCCCAGCCAGCAGCGACGUGAGGAACUCGAAGCCCAGAUAAGGGAGACUGCCGAGCAGUUCGCGACCCAAGAGCGAGAGACUAUGGAAGCUGUGCUUGAGCAGCUAGAAUCAUCCAUGGCCUCUGACACCCCUCCAUCAGUCCAGCAGCAAGCGAAUGUGGUGGCCAGUGAGGUUGCCAAGUUUAGUCUGCGCAUUCAAAAAGCUUCUGGAGAGCAUACGGAGCGGAAACGAUCGGUCACGACCCAGGAUUUCUUCAACGAAGCAGUCAUGGUCAUGCGUUUGAUACGUGAGAAGGCUGGCCGACAAAGUGGCUUGGGCAGUGUUGCUGAAUCCGAGCAAGAGGCCGUCAGUGAAGUGCUGGAAGGAGACCAGUCUGGACAAGAUUUGUCUUCUUUGAGAGUGUCGAGACCGCCAUCACGAGAGGGUGGCAGCAAAUGGCGACCUCGUACGUCAGAGCAGACAGAUGCGAGAGUCAUCAGUCACCUGCGUAAGUUCCAGGAGAAGGAUGAUACCGAGUUCAUUGCGCAGUCCAUUGCGUCUUUGCAUGUGGACGAUGAAGAUGAGCAAAUGGUUGUGGUGGAUGAACACUCCAACAUUCGUAUCAAGGGACCCCUGCCGACUUUCCACCAGACUGAGGAUGAUCCUAGCAGGCCGUCAACCCAGCACUCACAACAAAGCUCGCUUGCGUCCCAGUCAACACAAGACUCGGGGGCAUCCUCCACUGGUCGGACUUUGAUCUCUCGAAAAUCUGACAAUGUUGGCUGUCUUGGUCCAGAUGCUGUUGCUCAUCUCAUUGGGGAGCAAGUUGGUGCCAUGACAUACGACAAGGACAAACAGCAAUGGGCGAAAGCCAAAAGCCCCAAGAAACCGAACUACGGCAGCUUUCUUGAGCCACCAAGCAACAUCACCAGCGACGACGAUCCGUUCCGCGAAAUCUCAGACUUGCCUGUGGACGAGCGGAAAGAGGAGGAGAUCAGGAAAGCUAGCAGCACUGGACGUCGGCUGAGCGUGCAGCCCACGGCCGAAGAAGAAGAGGUUCCAGUUGAGGAUCAAGAGUCAAUUGAGGAACUUCAAGAAUCUCGCAUACCAUCGCAGGAGACGGUCCUAGCUCGUCCCACUACACGCGACAGCAACAAGUCAAGACAUACUUACACAAGCUCAGAUCCGUCACGCUGGACGGGCUUUGCCUCGAGUCAACAACAGACGGUAGAGACUCGUGCCACUUCUUGGGGCGACGAGGAACUCCAGCGACUUGCUACUCAAGAGAAUGCCCGCAAACAGCCUUUGGCAUAUGCAGCGGCGCAGGCUGCUCUGGCUCUGGCCGAGAGCAAUCAAGGGACAGCAGCCGCACAGCACCAGACGGAGGAGAUGAUUACGAGCUGCCCGACCGCACCAAGCCAUACUCUCGCGCCUGACAGGAUUGAAGAUGUCACCGAGGGAGAUCUCAUCGAGGAGAGCUUGCCAGAAGAGUCCGAGGUCCUUGCUGAGCUUCAGGAUGAUACUGUGGCUGGCCUGGAUCAGUCCGGUGUCGAGCUUCUACAAUCUCCCAAGCUACGCCAGUCCCCGACAAAGACUCAGUUUGCGCCCAGCUCUGCAUAUCGAGGAGCUGCCCGGCAGAUGUCUCUCAGACGAAAGACGCUGACCAGUCGGUUCAAUGACCCUGAUGCGAUGGAGCAGAGUGAAGUCUCUUUCGUGGCUGCGCUUCCUGGAGAGCGAAUGAUGAGCGUGUCCUUGAGCGUUUCACGCCCUGUCAGCAAACGCCGUCCCCAAGGUCAUGUUGCAGAAGCUCCCUCCUCGCCAACUAAGUAUGACCCGAGCUUUAUGUGGAGCGACUUGCCAGAGUUUACAGUCCAUGAACAGGACGGUGAGCGGCCAUCCGAGCGUGCUCUGGUUGAGCGGUUGGCGCAGCAUGCUGCCGCAGAGACGACCGAUCGCUACGCCUUAUCGAUCAAGGACAUGGUCAAGACGCUGACCGAUGUGAAAGAAGACGAGCCUCGCUGGGAUCAAUUGAAGCAGCUGGAUCUUCACGACCGGGCACUUUCGUCUUUGUAUGGACUCGAUGAAUUCUGCGACCGCAUCCAGGAUAUGGAUGCCUCCCACAACAGCCUACUAUAUCUGAAUGGCGCUCCCGCUUCGCUGCGUCAGCUGGUUGCCCGUUCGAACCAGCUCAGCAGCCUUACAUCGUGGUCGCAUCUGAUGAAUCUGCAGUACUUGGAUAUCUCUGGAAAUCGACUCGAUGACCUCGAUGGACUUGGCUGCCUCUUCCAUUUGCGAGAGCUGCGAGCAGACGACAACCAGAUUGCCAGCGUCGACGGCAUCAUGCAGCUGGACGGACUGCUGAAGCUGCGACUAAGGAGGAACAAGGUGCAGAUUGCCGAGUUCGAGAACAGCCAGCUGCAUCGACUGGAAAACCUUGAUCUGUGUGGGAACAGCAUCACAAGUCUACGAGGCAUAGAGUCUCUGCCCGCCCUUGAAAGCCUCAACUUGGACAGCAACUCUUUGGCAGCAUUCCCAAACAUUGAGAAGGACAUGCCGCGUUUGAAGCAGCUGUCACUGAACCACUGCAGGCUUCAGCGUCUCAGUGUGUCUCAGAUGCCGUGUCUGCAGUCACUGUUACUCGAUGGCAACAGUCUUACUACGAUCGAGGGUAUUGGAAAGCUAAAGUACCUCGACGUGCUCUCUAUGAGGAAGCAAUCCGUCGUCGAAGGCCUGGACAUCAUGAUCCUGGAGCAAGAUCUCCAUGCACGCACAGUGCGACUCUCUGGCAACGACAUCCCCUCGCUGCGUCUGUCUAAGAGCCUUCUCAGCGUAAAACACCUUGAAAUUGCAUCUGCUGGUCUCCAGGAGUUGCCGGGCGAUUUCGGCUUGAUGCUGCCGAAUGUAACAACGCUGAACCUCAACUUCAAUUCUCUGAAGGACGUUCGACCGCUGCUGAACAUCCAGAAACUGCAACAUCUGAGUGUUUGCGGCAACAGACUGGCACGACUGCGAAAGACCCUUGCAACACUCUCGAAGCUUUGCACUCUGAAGAGUGUCGACUUGAGAGACAACCCCGUAACCCAAGGCUUCUACGCCCCACACACAUGCAUCGAGCCACAGACCAGCGUCGUCCGAAGAAGCCGUCCAGAGACCGAAGACGAAGACGAAGACAUCGCCGCCGAGAAACUCGAAGCUGCUCGCUACACCCUCCCACCCGGCGACGCCACCCAAGACGGCAUCCACCACGCCCGCCUGGACGAAGACACCAAACUACGCCGCCGAGUCUACCACCUCCUCCUCGGCAACGUCUGCAAAUCCCUCGAGCGCGUCGAUGGGCUCGCGUUCGAUAAGACGGGCGCUAUGGCGAGGGAUAAGACGUGGGAUCGCCUGGUUGAGUUGGGGGUUGUGAGAAGGACGGGGGGGAUGAGGUUGAAGGGUGAGGGGGAGGGUUCCUGA